AUGUCUCUCCAUCUCGACAUCCUCCGUCGCGGGGCGGAACAUGCUCUCUCCAAACGCGAUGACUCUCUCGAGCCUGGACAGCCCGGCAUGCCCCCAGAGGCCGCCCUGUUCUUCUGCACGUUCAUGGUCGCAGUCUUGAUCAUGAUUUCGCUCGACUACACCGUAGGCCAACUCAUGUCCUCUCUGGCCAUGAUCGAGUCGCCAUCCACCACCCUCAUCGACUCCAAGGCUCCCCCACCGUACACCGACGAAGUGGAGUUGAUACCUGCCGACGAGCCCGCCGUCCCGGAGACGCUAGAGAACAAACCUACAGUCAUCACCGCCAGCAUUCUCCGCACACGCCGACGACUUCGACAAGUUGGGGGAUUUGGUGGCAGGUGGCGCGGCGCAUGGUACGCCAUCUUGUACUACAGCAGCCACAGCGUCGUGUCCAACGCCUUGACCCACCUCCUCGGCCUGGGGCUGCUCGGUGCAAUGAUGGUCUCCACCUUCGUCUCGCUGCUCCUCUGCCGCUUGCACAUGUCGUGGACCCACGCCAUGAUCUCCACUACCAGGCAGCCAUGGUUUCCUCGUGGAGGUCGGUCGACAGACUUUCGAACCCUCUUACUGCCCGCCACGGUGUACGCUUUGGCGGAGCAAGCCAGCGCUGCCCUUCCUCUCGGCGUCGCGUUCGCCCUCCGCCUGUACGGCCCCGACUCUGCCUCGCACAACGCAGAGGUCUUGCAAUCCGGCUGCCCCCGCGCAAUCAUGGUCCUCGCCCUCCGCCAUCUCGCCGUUCCAGCAACCUAUGCCUUCGUGGCAAUCGCCCUGGUCCUCCCUGCAUCCGUCACCCUGACCCGCAUCGAGGCCGUGCUGCUAUCCGAGGACCAGACUACCAUUGUACCCUUUGACAAGCUCGCAGUCGUUGGAGACAUUGACGUCACCGCUCGCGGCAGCGCUCGUCCCCUCUUCAAGCAAGCCUGGCGAUCCUUUGACCGCGCCAGCCGAUGGCGUCUUGUCAAGCUGUACAUCAAACUCUGGAGCAUGCAGACAUUGGUGGUCCUCACGGCAGCCGCACUGGUUCUCCUUCAACUUUUCAUGACGGGCGAGGAGAGGAUGACGCAGAUUCUCCGCAACUUGAGGGACGCCAUCAAGAAUGCCGUUGCCGACGCGCGCAAGCAGCCGGUGGACGAUGUGGUGGGAGGCAACUGA